ACAGAAUAACUGCAUAACCACGGACUAUAACACGGAGGGGUUGCAAUGUAUUCCUAUUUCCUAGAGUGAGUUUGCAGUGCCCUCUGUUUAGAACACGGACUAAGAUACAAAAGCCAAAUAAAACCACCGGUAGCGCUGAAAACUUCAAGUAUUCUAAAUUCUUAUCAGCUUAGUGACACCUUUUCGUGGCCGACCAUAUUGUCGUUACCAGUCAAUUAUAUCUUAGUCCGUGAGCGUUUCACAAGGUUGUUGCCAACUUCAUUCUAUAGUUUUACGAACAUAAUUUGAUAAGAAUUUAUUUGGAAAUUUUUUUAGUAAUUACACAAAAAUUAUUUUUUGUUUAAAUUAUAUUCUUUAAUCGUAAACACCAAAAUGAAAUGCGAUACAAUUCUUAAACCCGAAAAAUAUGGAGCGGGGCUCAAGGGCAUUUUCCGACAAGCUUUGCAUGAAAUGCCAUUGAUUACAAUAUGUUCUCCGUUCUGCAUUGUCGGCUUAGGGCUGAUUAUGUACCAUACUUAUAGAUACGAAAAAAAUGAUGGAAACAAUAAAAAAUAUAAAUUCAAAUAUACCCUUUACCGACCAGAUGAUCCUAGAGUUCCACACAUCAAGAAUUGAACAUUAAAAAUUGGAAUUAUUAAGAUUGUAUGUUGUUGAAAUAAUAGACGUUAGAAAUAAUUACAAAUAAAAUUUAAAAAAAUCCUUCUAAUAUUUAUGAAAACAAAACUAUGUAUAAUUAUAAAUACAAUGCAUAUUAAUUAUUAA